AUGGCUGCCGAAUCGUCGACUGCUGUCAAUGGCGGUGCCUCCAAGUCUCUCGCCGCCAUGCUAGAGGAGCAACAUGCGAGCCACCACGCCACCGUGGAGGAGACCAUUGAUGAGGAGGAUCUCAAGCACCCUCCCCCAUCAUCAUUUGUCAACAAUCAACCCCCGGCACCAGUCCUCGCCUCCGCCUCGGAAACUUCUACACCGGCGGAGCCCGCGACCCCGGUACCGGCCCCCAAGCCUGCACCAAAGAAGGCCCCGGCAUUCGAUGUAAAAUCAGAGGAGCUCUUCCCAGCACUGGGCAGCGGGCCUAAACCUGCUGCUCCUGCUGCGGCUACGUGGGGUGCGAAGAAACCGUCUGCCGCGGCUGCGGUGGCCCACGGCCAACCUGCCAAGUCAAUGGAGAUCCCCCGUAUUAUGUCCCUCCCAGGAAAGCACAUGGAACAGCUACGUCUCGCCCCGUCCCAGAUGCAACCCCGCGGACAACUGAAGAAGCCCCUUCGAGAUAUCCUUCGGGACAUCUCUCGGAGAUCCAAGGCUACUGUUGACAUGCGCGGUGGUCCUGGCGGAUCGAUCAUUUUCGAGGGUAAGGGCACCGUGGAGUCCGUCCGCCAAGCUUUGAAGGAGGUGGCGCAACAGGUUGGAUCAAAGCAAUCCGUCCGUGUUCCGAUCCCAACCUCUGCCCGAGCACACAUCAUUGGCCGACAGGGUGCGGUUGUCCAGGAUAUCCAGACCCGCACCGGAGCUCGUGUUCAAGUCCCCCGUGCUGAUGACAACGCUACGCCUGCCGAUGACGAUGACGAUGACACCAUUGACGUUCUGAUCGAGGGUGAUGCGGUUGCCGCCGAGAUGGCGCGCCGGGAGAUUGAGGCGAUUGUCAAGGAGCGGGGCUCAAGCAUGAGUUUGCGCUUGAAGACUGUUCCACCAGAGUUCUUCCCAUUCAUUGCUGGAGCCCACGAUGCGGCUCUGCGUGAAAUUGAGGAGCGAACCAAGGCCCAGGAAGCCAACCCUGGUCAGGUGCAGUUUGUGCCUGUCGCUGAUAAGCACAUUUUGAUUUCUGGAGAGCGCGCUGCUGCCCAGGAAGCCCGCGCAGAGAUUGAACGCUUGGCAGCUGAUUUGCAACAAAGACUUACUCUCCGCCAAUUGGCCAUCAACCGUGGUCAGCACCAGUUCAUUCUUGGAAACGAAGCUGACGCUUUGCAUCAAUUCGUUGCGCAGACUGGCUGCGCUAUCAUUCUGCCCCCGUCGUCAGAUGACAGCGAGUUUCUCACUAUUACCGGACCUGUUGACCAGAUUGAAGCUGGUAUCAACCACGCCAUGGAUCUUGCGACUAGCAUGCAGAUGGCAAGCAUUGAUCUGUCUCGCCAGCAUCCUACUGCUCCUGCAGGUCCCCAUGCGCACGCCCGUGCUUUGACACAGUACCUUCAGCGUCGCCAAAUCAUUAAGCAAUUGGAGGCGGCUUAUGAUGCGCGCAUCGCUCUGCCCCCAAGCGUCGAGGGCCCUGUCGCAUGGGAAGUCUACUCUCGUGACGGCAAGAACACCAUUCGCGCUCGCUCGGAUAUUAUGAACCUUGUCCAAGCUCACCCUCCUUCUCGCCUUCGUCAUGUUCCAGUUGACCCAUACUUCCACCCCUUCCUUCGCUCUCGUAGUGCUGGCAAACUUCAGGGCGAGUACGGUGUUCACUUGCUCGUCCCCGAGGACAUCAACAGCCCUGAUGUUGUGCUUGUUUACGAGGGACCAAAUGCCACCUCUUCGAACUUUGAGGUGCCCAGACAGCGCCCCACCCCGGCGGAGGUUGCUGAGUUUGAGAACUCGUUGCAAGCUGCUCAGGCAUUCCUGUUGAGCACUCUAGGUAACCAGGAUGACAUCGUUUCCCAGUCAGUGUCUAUUCCUGCCAAAUACCAGGAAAAGACACGGAAGUUCAUCGUUCGCGAGCAGGAUGCCAAGGGCGAUGCCAGCAUCCCCGUGCGUGCCAUCGUUGGUGAGUCCAAGGGCUCUAAGUCUGAGGUUUCUCUGCGCGGACCCUCUGGCCUGGUUGCUGAGCUUGCCGCAAAGCUCGAUGCCUUUGUCGUUGAACAAGAAAAGGAUGAUUUGGAGCGUGGUUACAUCACAAGUUUUGAUUUCCCUCAGAAGUUUGCUAAUUUCCUGAUCGGAAAGCGUGGUGAGAACAUUAACAAGUUGCGAGAGGAGUUUGAUGUUGACAUUAAGGUGGAGAAUGGCAAGGUUGAGGUGAAGGGUCCCAAGGCCAAGGCAGAUGCUACCCGCAUGCGUAUUCUCAACCUGGGCAAGAAGUGGGAGGAUGAGACCACUCACAUCCUCAAGGUCCCUGCCCAAUAUCACCGUGAGUUGAUCGGACAGCGUGGUAAUCAGGUCAACCGUCUUCAAGAUCGCUACUCUGUUCGCGUGCAGUUUCCUCGUGCAACUAUGCCUGAUGACCAGUCCGUCAACGAGACUGGAAGUGAUGCCGGUGCCACCCGUAACCGCUCCCAGCAGGCCCCUGACGAGGUUCUCGUCAAGGGACCGAGCAAGGGCGCCGACUCAGCUCGUGAUGAAAUUCUCAGCUUGUUGCAGUGGGUGAUUGACCACUCACACAAUGCUAUCAUUUCGGUCGCUCAAAGCCAAGUCGCUUCCCUGAUCGGUCAGCGUGGUCGUGAGAUGGACAAGCUCCGUGCCGACACUGGAGCCCAGAUUGAUGUUCCUAGUGCGAACGAUGCCCCUGAUGCAUCAGGCCGUGUCCAGAUCCGCGUGAAGGGUACUAAGCAACAGGUGGCUGAGGCUAAGAAGAUCUUGCAACAGCGGGCUACUGAAUUCGAUGCUACUGUCACCAAGUCUAUCGAGGUUGACAAGAAGUAUCACAAGGCCCUGAUCGGUGGCGGUGGUGCGAACAUUCGCAAGAUUGUGAUUGACGCCGGCGGCCCCAGCGAUGGCAGUGCGGCUCGCAUGGUCCGUUUCCCCAAGGCUGACAGCACAGAGUCUACCAUUCGUCUUGAGGGCAACGGCAAGAUUGUCGACAGCAUCAUUGCGGCAAUCGAGGAGUUCGUCAAAGAGCGUGAGGAUCAAGUCACUGAGACCCUCGACGUUCCCACCGCCCAACACCGCAUGCUGAUCGGCCGUGGUGGUGAUACUCGUCGUAACAUUGAGUCUAAGUUCAAUGUCACUUUGGAUAUCCCCAAGCAAGGCUCCGGACGUACCGAUGUCAAGCUUAAGGGUCCUAGCGGUGCAGUCGCUGAGGCCAAGGAGCACGUACAGGGUAUGCUGAAGGACCAACACGCCGAGACUGCCUUUGUCCCUACACACUUGCACCACGUUGUUGCUGACAAUGGUACUUUCUUCCGCCGCCUGCGCAAUGAUCACCAAGUUACUGUGGACCACGCUGGUAAGGCUGUGCCUAGCAACCGCGCUUCCGAGGAAACUCGUAGCGCCGCUAAUGGCACAUCUCUUCCGCUGAUCACUGAUGACCCUAGCGCUGCCACCGAUGCCCACUCUUGGAAUAUCGUUGACAGCAGCUCCGCAACUGAUGCUGAUGCCACUCCCUUCCCUUGGGUUCUCAGCGGUUCCCCUGAGAAUGUGGCCAAGGCUCGCGCUGCAAUUGAGAAGGCCAUUGCUUCUGCUUCACAGCAGUCUGCCACUGGUUACCUGAUCCUGCCCGACCCUAAGACCUACCGUUAUGUGGUUGGCCAGGGUGGUAGCCAGAUCAACGCCAUUCGUAAGAAGACCGGCUGCCGCAUCAACGUGCCUAAGGACCAGGCUCGUGGCGAGGCCAUUGAAAUCCGCGGCAGCUCGGCUGGUCUGAAAGAAGCCAAGGACAUGAUUUUGGAGGCUGUUCAAAACGGUCUGAACGGUUCUGCUCGCUGA